AAUAACGCCAAUGAUAAAUAAGGCGGAGGUGCAGCUGCUGGUGACAUGAAGUGGGACGCCGCCUAUUUCGCCAACUAUGGGGUCUAGGCUGAGAGAGAACCCACGCCGACUGCUGGAGUGUUGGUGUGAGGUGGUGGGCCCGAUGGGUAAGGGUAAGGGCCCGUGGAUCAUCCAGAAGUUCCCCAACAGUUACACCCAGGAGGAGAUCCUAAAAAGUGUGCCGCAGUUUGCCUUUCCUUGCACCUUCGAAAGCACAAAUGUCCAGCAUUUUUCCUUCGUACUGACAAGCCUGGACUCGAAAUGGACGUAUGGUUUUUGCCGCCACGCCCCAGGUGCAGAAACUGCUCUGGUCUUGCUCUCUCAUCUUCCUUGGCACGAAACUUUUUACAAACUUCUAAAUACUUUAUCGGAAAUGAUGACUGCGGGCCGCACCAGCGACUUGACCUCCUGCCUGCAGAAUAUUUACAAAUUUGAAGUCCCCCUUCCAGGUACUGAGAUAACAGUGCCAUAUGGAGAUAACAAGUUCUUUGUAGCUAAGUGUCCAAACCACCUAAAACUGCCAACUAUACCGGAAAAUCGUGACCUAUCUGAGUACUACAAUGCAGUGGACGCAAACAACAUGAUGAUCAUCUUUGCAUCAAUGCUUUACGAGAGAAGAAUCAUUAUGGUGUCAAAGCGUCUGUCGCGGCUGUCAGCCUGUGUUCAGGCAGCCAAUUCAGUCAUAUACCCUAUGCAGUGGCAGCAUAUAUUCAUUCCAGUGUUACCACAGCAUCUCAUCGACUAUCUGUUAGCACCCAUGCCUUUCCUCAUUGGUGUUAACACCUCACUUAUGUCGAAAGUACAAAUGGACGAUAUUGGUGAAGCUGUUAUAUUAGAUGCCGACAACAACACUGUCAAGACUCCCUUCAAUGACGUGGAAACUCUCCCAGAUGAGGUGGUUUCAAAUCUCAAAAGAAACCUCAAGUCGCCAAGCAACAUGCUUGGCGACUGUGUGGCAAGAGCAUUCCUACGUGCGCUUGUUCAGCUCAUUGGCAACUACAAGGAGGCGCUCCAGUUCAGAGAGGAAGAUUCAAAAAUAACAUUCAAUAAAGAAAAAUUUGUUGCCAUCCGUCCGCCGCAUUUCCAGCCAUUUGUAGAGAAGAUGUUGGAGUUGCAGAUCUUUCAACAGUUCAUCGAAGAGAGAUUAGACCGCCUCAAUUCCGGCAAGCAAACCUCAGAUGAGUUUGAAUUAGAAGUUAGUGUUCAUUGUGAAAAGUCGUCUUCGAAGGUCAAGCAGCAGUAUAAGCAGUUUGUGACCAAUGUACGAAAGGAAGGAGGAGCCAUCAUGAAAACUGUCAAGAGCAAGACCAACCCUGCUGUUAAAUCUGCUGUUAAGAGCGUGGCAAAGGGGGGGAAGCAAGUAAAAGAGAAGAGCCGGCAAACAUACAAGGACAUCCGAGGAAAAAUAAAGGAUUUCCAACAACCCCGGGCUGAAGACGGCAGCAUGUCUCCCACUUGGAUGAAUGGUGAUUCACCACAAAAGCCUCGGUCUGCUCCCUCAUCACCUGUAUUAGGAGUCAAGAGAAGACCACAGACAGUUGGAGGCAACGCACCCCACUUUUCUGCAAAGGCCACAUACAAAAGAGCUUCCCAGAUUAAUAUUAGAGAAGAAACUAGUGCUAUGCCUGGAACGCACAAAUAUGAACUCAUCGAAAGAGGAAGUGGCCUCAUGUCUCCAGGAUCCACAGACAGUCUCAGCACGCCUUCCCCUCAAAGCAUAGACCUCAUGGGUGAAAUGGAGGAAGUCAUACGCUCUCGGCUAGGCCAGGAUGAGGAGGACGAGGGACAGAAGAACAACAGCACUGGCAGCAGCAGCAAAAGCAACAGCAUUCCGAGUAGUGUAAGCAAUAGUCCUGCCGUUGGCCACUCCUCAACACUCACGGUGCAGCAUAGUGCUAAAGACCACUCCACUUCUCUCACUGCCUCAAAGAAGCAACUGAGUGCCAGCCUCACCUCUCUCCCUCUCAUUGACCUCUCCUUAGACAUUGAACUUCCUCCUCCCAUUAUGGCAUCUUUUGGAUACCGUUUCCCUGUCUCAUUUGACGAUGACAAUGUUGGUGGUGGGGAUGAAGACGAGGUUGUAGACAGCUCCACUUCAUACUUUCGCUCCCCUAAGCUUCUGCACGAUGAUAGAGACUUCACCACUACAGCCAACCGAGUUGAUGGUGCUGCUUCUUCUGUCUUGGAUACAAAUAGGCGGGGACACAUACAGCUGUCACCACGUUCUCCCUCUCGCCCUUCUAAAGAUGUCUCCAGCGUCUCUGCUGACGGCCAAGACCUCAUCUUUCUGGAGUCCCCACAGGAUGAGAUUUUCGACCCGCUCUUCUCCAAAGACAUCCCUCAAAGGCCUGUGCCGAGCAUCCGACCUAGCCAGCCACCCCCUCCCGUGCCCGGCGUUGCUAGAUCUACCUCAAGCCUUCCAGGAGUGGCAGUACAAGGUGAAGGUGGAGUUGGGGUUGGCAGUGUCAGCAUGUCUCAUCUCCCUGCACAUCCAUCUCUUGCCCGUUCCUCAGCUAUCAACACAACAGGAUUGCCCAAUGCCACUCCUAAACGCCCUUCAGAAUACCGCCCUCUUGCUUCCUAUCAGGGGUUGGGGCCAGAGUACCGUCCAUUCUCUUCCCUUCAGACUAGCAUGGGUACACCAGUUGGCUGUCAGAACCCUAUGUACAAUCAGCACAAACCACCAAGCGCAAACUCGCUCCCAAGUUCCACAAGGGGAGGCAGUGCAGCAGCAGCAUUUGCAUCCAGCAUGUUGUCAGGGAGUUCAGACAACCAACCAGUGACAGCUGCUGCAACCAGACCAGGCCAGUAUGUGCAGUUUGAACCCCCUCUGGCUCAACCUAACAAGGCUGCAGUCACUUCCACCCAGCCCCAGAGGCCUCCAAGACUGUCACAGCGGGAUUUAUUGGGGGAUUUUUCCAAGGACUUCCAAAAACUUAGUGUAAAUAGCCAGUCCAAAGGUGUGACUCUUGGGAACAACAAUAAUACAGUAGUGAAUAACAAUAAAGUAACAGACUCCAGAGGGGAGAGCAAAAAUGACACUAAUGGGCCUAGUGAAAAUAAAUGGGCAACAUUUGAUUAACCGAAAAUAUGAAAGAAAGUAAAUAAAUAAAUUCAAUCUUUACAGCAAGUUAGCAUUGAAAUAUGUUCAGUGUAAACAAGUAAAGUAUCCUCCCAUUCACUUGUGGUUGUGAUAUCAGGUUUGAGGGAAAGCUAGAAGACAAAGGAGCAGUUGAGAAAAUUGCUUCACCGACUACAAUCAUAUUUUAGCACAAUUUGUUUAAAUUUGUUUGGUAUUUUAAGAAGAGAAUCUAAUAGAUGGAAUGCAUGUUUAUUAUAUAGAGGAAGACAUACUUUAAGGAAAUGCAAGUUCUUCAUAUCUUUGUAAGAAUGUUUAUUCUCAUUAGGUUUACUAAUCAUGAACUUUAAUUUAAAUAAGCCAAAGAAUAAUAAGGAAAAAAAAACUAAGUGAAAUAACUGGAAGUAUUUAUAGUUUGGGAUUUGAAUAACACAAGCAAAUGCAGGUGUGCAAGACCACAUUAAAUAUAAGUGUUUUUCAUACAGUUUGUGAUAUUAAUACAUCAAGAGUCAUAAAUGUAAUCAUAUCUGUGUACAUAUGUAUAUACACACACACAUACACUCACACACACAACUUCUAUAUGUAUGUAUUUAGAAUGAAUGCAUGUUUAUUUUAUAGGAAGACCUACACUAAGAAAAUACAAGUUCUUGAUAUCUUUGUAAGAAUGUUUAUUCUCACUAGGUUUACUAAUAAGCCAAAGAGUAAGAAAAAUUGUUUGGGAUUUGUAUAAUGCAAGCAGUCAGCAUGGUUUUACACGAGGUAAAACCAUGUUGAAUGCUAGUGUUUUUUAUGCAAUUAUAUUUAUAUAUCAAGAUAUUUGAAAGUAUUCACACAUGUGGUUAUAAGCAUGUAUAUGUGUAUGUGUCUGUGUGUUUGUAUGUGUGUGUAUAUGUGUAUGUGUGUAUAUAUUUUACCAACAUUGAAUCUAUUUGGAGUGCAGGCAGUUGUUAGUGGAAAAUAUUGCUUCAAAUGAAAAAAAAAAUACUUGUGCAUUGUCAGCAUUAAACUCCUUUUCUAGAAGUAUGAAAAUCCCCAAAUAGCCACAUAAACCUUUUCUUGCUUGAAAUAAAUUCAAUUAUUCUUUAUAACUUUUGUUGCAUAUUUAAAGUUUUACAGCUGGGGUAGUUAUAUAAAAUUUAUAUUUAUUCAUAAUCUAUAUAAAUGUUAUAGAACUGUGCACUACUGAUGGACCUACUGCCAAAUAUCUCUGUAGUUUAAAAUCGCUAGACACAAAAUACCCCAAUACGUGGGAUCAUGGUGCUUAUUCACGCACAAUUUUAGUUGGGACAGAAAGUGUUUUUCUCUCUCUGUUUUUGUUUUACAAUUCUGUCAGAUGAUCUUACAGGUGUUCAUAAUUAUUGUAAAGCCCUUUUUAUAAAAGAGAAAAAAAAAAAUAAAAAAAAUAAAAAAAUUAUACUAUGUACUUGUUAAAUAGGUCACGAAUGUACAGGAAAUUUUAAUGUGUGAAUGGCAAAAGCAAGCAUGUAGUCUCCUGCAGAAAUCCCCAAGACAUAUUAUAGUACAGAACAAAACCCACCUGAUCCACUAUCUGUAGGAUUUUUUUUUCUUUUGUCUGUUCCUGUCCCAUCAUGAAAUAGAAGUUUUAGUCUUGCUAAACUCAUUACAGCAUAUUAGUCGUGUAGCCUAAAAACGCAAAGAUAAAAAAAUCCCAAACAGCCUAUUUGUAGUGUCAAGGAAGAAACCUCUGUCUGUGUAGUCGAGAAAGUAAAUUCUUAAAAUACUUUGCUAAUCACUUGUUAUUAUUGAAUUAUAUAUUUAAAAGAUAUAAAACGCUAAUUAGGAAUAUGAAAUGUUUAAAAAUAUAUUUGUUACCAUCUGUUGCCUCCUGAAAUGCCAUUGUAAAUAUACCAGGCUUCUGUAGGAAUAAAAGUAGUAGACGAAAGAGAUAAAAAUAUAUACGCCCAUGUGCGACUGCAGAAUGUUCAUAAGACUGUAACCCAGUGCUGCAUCUGAAAUUCUCAAUCUGCAUAAAUUAGGUGAAGAUCAUUUUGCAGUCAGCAUGGGCUGGAAUUUCCACUCAUUUUAGGGCUUCAUUGUAAUUUUUCAUUCCAUUCCCAUUGGUCAUGUCUACACAAAUAUUCAUGGUGUCAGUGUUUCCAUGGUCAAGCUGAUAUGCACCAUCUCUCUAUUACUAGUGUCUCAUUGUUAUUUUCCUAUGAUAAAUAUAUUUAUCAAUAAAUC